AAAAUGCGAUUGUUGAUAUAGUCUGUUUAUGUAAAACAACAGUUAGUUUACUUUAGUCUUCCGGUGAAAAUCACUACGGGUAAAAUCUGCUUAUAACGGUGCUUAAAAAGAUAAUAAAAAUUAGCAUAAUGCCAGCGUUAUAGAUUAAUUAAAAUCAUAAGCAGAAGAAUAGUGGAGUAUGAUCAAAAUACAGCACAAAUAGGAAAGAAUGUUAUUAAAAUGUAUCCGUUUAAAGAAGAUCCAUGUAAGAUGUAUUUUUAUAUUAGUAGUUACUAUUUUCUUAGUCGUACUUAUCUCAAAACUAAUACCAAAAGAAACUCCAUACAAAUAUAGCAAACUAAGUAGCAACUUAAGCCAAAUUUUUGAAAAGAGAUUACGAGACUAUGAAAGCAGGAUUAUCCCUAAUUUGGGCGAUAACGGGGAGGCUGCAGUUCUGGAUGGACCGGAUGCAAAAGCUGGGGAAGAGGCUUUGAAAAAAUUCGCUUUAAAUACUGUUCUCAGUGAUAGAGUGCCUUUGAAUAGGAAACUAAGGGAUCCAAGGAAUAAAAAAUGUAAAAAUUUUACGUACAAUACAAGGCUGAGAGCGUCAGUUGUUGUGAUAUUUUAUAACGAAUUAUUAAGUGUCAUCUUGAGGACGGUGUGGAGUGUUAUACUACAAACGCCCAGUCAUCUAUUAGAAGAAAUUAUUUUAGUGGACGAUUCCAGUACAGAUGAGUCUCUUAAGGGUUUGCUCGACUAUUAUCUAGAAACAAGACUGGCAAAUUAUAAGAUCAAAAUGGUACGUCUCAAACACCGUCUAGGACUGAUUCGCGCCCGUCUUCAGGGCGCCAGAGUGGCCCAGGGUGACGUUUUGAUCUUCCUGGAUGCACAUUGCGAGGCGACCACAGGUUGGGCGGAACCAUUGCUCUCUAGAAUAGAAGAAGACAGAACGGCUGUCUUGGUUCCUAUCAUUGAUGUUAUAGAGGCUAAUAACAUGGCAUAUUCUACAAAUGGCGACACAAGCUUUCAAGUGGGUGGAUUCUCUUGGUCUGGCCAUUUCACGUGGAUAGACAUACAAGACGAAAAAGAUAAACACACUCUAGGACCAGUGAAGUCGCCCACCAUGGCAGGAGGAUUGUUUGCUAUCGAAAGGAACUAUUUCUGGGACAUAGGAUCGUACGAUGAGCAAAUGGACGGAUGGGGAGGGGAAAAUUUGGAGAUGUCGUUCAGGAUUUGGCAGUGCGGAGGCAGAUUGGAAACGGUCCCAUGCUCGAGGGUAGGUCAUAUCUUCCGCGAUUUCCACCCCUAUUCGUUUCCCGACAACAAAGACACGCACGGCAUUAACACGGCCCGACUGGCGCACGUUUGGAUGGACGAAUACAAGAGAUUUUUCUUCAUGCACCAACCUGCAUUGGAGAACAACCCGAUCGUUGGAGAUCUUACACACCGGAAGCAGUUAAGGCAAAAGUUGCGAUGUAAAUCCUUCAAAUGGUAUUUGGAUAAUGUUUAUCCAGAAAAGUACAUCCCAGAUGAAAACGCCUACGCCUAUGGACAAGUUCACACAGAAUUCGACAUGUGCUUGGACGAUUUGCAAUUGUCUGAAGAUAAAGUUGGGCCUUUAGGGCUGUACCAGUGUCAUUCCUUCAUGGCCUUGUCCCAGUUCUUCUCUAUGAGUAGCAAGGGUGAAUUGAGGAAAGAAAACGUCUGCGCAGAGGUAUUUAACGAACGUGACGUCCAUCUAACCUUGUGCCACGGCCAUAAAAGGGAACAAUACUGGCAGCUAUUCAAAAAUGGCACCAUAUAUAGUCCCACGGUGAACAAAUGCUUAAGUAGCGAAGGCGUGGACAAUGGCAGGGGCGUCAAAGUUGAAGAUUGUAAAGAGAGCGUCUUUCAGAAGUGGACUUUUGAUAAGAUCAAUACGACUGCAGUUAUCUAUUAAACUAUAAAUUAUAAAAAUUUUCUAUAAGAUUGGUUUCAUGUAAGUUCUAUGGAGAUUUUAAUAUGUUCAGUAUUAGAUUUUGAUACUUCAAACAAACUAAUGGAUACUUUUGGUAUUUCCGGCGUUCAUUCUCAGAAUAACAAAGGCUAUAGCGGGAUAAGAGGGUCAAAAAUGCCCCGCACUGAUCAGCCCCGCGACUUGGGCUUUCGAUAAAGGAUAUAAAAUUAUGCUUUCAUACAAAUCUUAGCCUCCCAGAUGCCAUAGAACCUCUUGAAUCGAGAAAAUAAAGUUUUUUGGUUUUUAGUUUUUUCGAUUUCAUUUUUUUAAAGCGCAAUUUUGCUUUAAAAGGUUCAAGAAGAUGUAUCUGUUGAAUACAAAACAGUUUGAUUUUUUCAGAUUUUUAAUUUGAAAAUUGGGCUGAAAACUCUAACUGACUCUUUUGAUCAUCUCCACUCUAUCCUCCAAAAUUUAACGCCCUAUCAAGAAAUCACUCGAUCCUUCCCAUCGACAAUUCUCGACCCAAUUGCCGACUUAAGUUCACUCCAUCAAUCAAAGUCUUGACCAAUAGAAAAUUGUAAAUUACGCUCUAGAUUAAUCCCCCUGGCGUAUACCAAAACACCUCGACCAAUCACCAAAAAAAAAACAAACAGAUCUCAAUAUUUCGUAUUACCUACUUUUCUCAUAGAAACCGCUGAUUUGGAUGUAUUUACAACUAAGGCCCAUUUUCAUAUCGUCAGCAAUACUGCACGUGCGAACUUAUUGGAUUAACAUAAACAACUCGGAGGCACUUAUCAACAUUGCAGCUCUAGUCGACAGAAUUCAGUCUCAGAAAAACAUUAAACUCUUUUGAUAAUUAGCCGAAGGCAAACAAAUGCUCUACUUAUUAAAGAAUUAUGACCAAAAUCCUUUUGACGGCAUUAGAUAAAAUAAACAUAAAAUGGUCCCUCAGACGAAAACAGAUAUGAUAUUCACGCUAAAAUCCUGAGAACGUAAAAUCGACAAAAUACACAAUAUUUAACAUCGUGAGAAACGAAAGAGAAUCAGAUGAUCCAAUUCCACACAAUCACAGUACAAUUUGCGAAACGGAUUCAGCAUACAGGGUGGAACAAAAAUAAUACUAGGGGCGUACUUACGGUCUUAACACAAAAAAAAUAAGGGGUGAUAUAUCAAUGACCUUCGUACCGUUACAGUAGUAAACCAAACUACCGAAAUAAGCAGAUGAGUAAGAAUGGGAUAGGCCGCAUUCGAAAAACUCUCAUACAUACUGAAAGAUAAAAAGAUACCACAAAACCUUCGAAUCGAAGUGUUCGAUUCUUAUAUCCUUCCCGUUCUCACUUACGGAGCUCAAACCUGGACAUUCACAAAAAUGAACAUGGACAAGAUUCGAAAAACUCGGCGAGCCAUGGAACAAGCAGCUAAAUUAAAAUGGAAAUGGGCUGGACACAACGAACGUCUCGAAAAUGCUAGAUGGAACAAAGAAGUUGGAAACUGGCGACAGUACGAAGCGAAGAGAUAAAGAGGAAGACCUCAGAUGCGCUGGAACGAUGACAUCAAAAGAGUCGCUUGACCAAUGUGGAAACGCCUCACACACAACAGGGAUGAAUGACGAGAAAUGGAAGAGGCCUUUAUUCGAUAAUUCGAAUAGAAAAAUAGGCUAUAAAAAAUCUUAGUAGACUUUGUUUCUUUGAGUGUGACAUAACGGAUAUAGUCCAAGAGGCAGCGCUGAAAAAUCUCUUUGAAUUUACUAAAGCUAGAUUUUUCACAAUUGAUUACUGUGAUUGUGUAGAGAAACAUACUGCGGUCGGUCAAGCGAAACGUAGAACAGGGGUUACUGAGAGGGUAUCAAAAUUGCUUUCCUACGAAGGUAAUUAAAUCCAUUUACUAAGGCUGAAAAUCAGUACACACAUUCUAAAUUAAAUAUAAAGUUAUUAUAGUCGGUCAGCUGUAUGACGGGACAGAGCCGGUCGGUCGGCCCCAGUGAAUGUACAGGGUUAUUCACUAUAUUUUGACCCCCUUGUAAACUGCUUUAUUUACAAAAUUAGAAAAAAAUGUAAAAUACAAAAGUUAUUCGAUUUUUAAAUUAGGAUUUUUUGACAUAUAUAUCGUAUUAGUGACGUCAUCCAUUUGGACGUGAUGGGACUAUUUUUUUAAAUGGGAAUAGGGGUCGAGUGCUAGCUCAUUUGAAAGGUUAGUCAAUUCCCUAUUCAGUAAUAUAAACAUUAACAUGAUUGAUACAGAGUGUCAAAAAAAUUUUUUAAUUAAAUUAAUUGUUUAAUUAUUAAUUCAAAUUUUUUUUGGAUACCCUGUAUAAAUAAUGAUCUUAAUGUUUAUAGUACUGUAUAGAGAAUUGAAUAACAUUUCAAAUGAGCUAGCACACGACCCCUAUUCUCAUUUAAAAAAAUAGUCGAUUACGUCAUCACGCCCAGAUGGAUGGCGUCACUAGUACGAUAUAUAUUAUGUCAAAAAAUCAUAAUUAAAAAUCGAAUAACUUUUGUAUUUUACAUUUUUUUAUAAUUCUGCAAAUAAAGCAGUUUACAAGGGAGUCAAAAUAUAGUGAAUAACCCUGUACAUUCUUUGGUUCCGACCGACCGGCUCUGUCCCGUCAUACAGCUGACCGACUAUAAUAACUUUUAUUUAUAUUCAAUUUAGAAUGUGUGUACUGAUUUUCAGCCUUAGUAAAUGGAUUUAAUUACCUUCGUAGGAAAGCAACUUUGAUACCCUCUUAGUAACCCCUGUUCUACGUUUCGCUUGACCGACCGCAGUAUGUUUCUCUACACAAUGACAGUAAUCAACUGUGAAAAAUUUAGCUUUAGUAAAUUCAAAGAGAUUUUUCAGCGCUGCCUCUCCGUCUAAUAAAUAUUAGACUGAUUCAGUAACUUGACUUAACUUUAACACCCAAAAAUCUGUACCUACGCUUGAAAUGCCAAGUCUGGAAUGCCAGAAAACCAGUGAAAAUACCCUAUAUUACAUAAAGUCUAUUUUAUCGAUUUGUUCUUAAAAUAUUAUAAAUUUUCUGACUGUGGCAACUGUUUUACAUUUUUUUAUAGGAUUAAGAUCACGUAAUUAUCCUUUUUCAAGUCAAAUGAGCCAAAUCUUUCUUUCUGGAAUGUAUGUAUAUGUUUUGAUAUCUUUUAGUGAAGAUUUGAAACUUUAAUAGAAUUUGUAUUUUCCCAAUUUAUUUGAAUAUCCAUCGAAAUACUUACGUAUACAGGGUGUAUCCGAAAAUAGGGCGUUACUUUAAGGCAUGGAUAUAAUAUACAAUGUAGAACAAAAAAAUCCUAUAACAUUUUUUUCUAAAGUUUACCGUUUCCAAAAAAAAAUUACAUUGUUCGCCAUAUAAGCGAACUUUUAUUUUCAUAAAAUUAACUAAUUUGGCAUCACUGUACAAGAACUGUUUGUGAUUUAGUUUAUUGACACCACAAAUGUAGGUCAGACAGGUACACCUGCAAAAUAAUUGUACCACCCCAUGUUUGAAAAUCCAACAAAACAAGAAUUUGUUUGUUUGUUUAGGAUGAAGACAGGGUUUAAUGUAAAUACUUAUGGCUAAAAUGCUGCAACUAUUUUGGAAUUGCGAUUGUCAGUGUUUAGAUUUUUGUAUACAUAGUUGUCAGAUUUCAAUUUGCAUACCAAAAUGUAUUUUGGUUUUUUAGCCAAACGGUUGCAUUUAGAAAAAAAUGUCUUUUUUGAGACUUUUUUGCUCUACAUUGUGCCUUCUACCUAUACCUUUAAGGAACGCACUAUUUUCGGGGACACCUUGUAUACAGGGUGUCCCGGAAAUACGGCGUUCCUUAAAGGUAUAGGUAGAGGGCACCAUGUAAAACAAAAAACUCUUAUAACAUUUUUUUCUGAAUGCAACCGUUUGACCAAAAAAUUAAAAUACAUUUUGGUAUGCAAAUUUAAAUCUGACAACUAUGUGCGGUACGCAAAUUUAAGCAUAGACAGCCCCAUGUAAAUAGAUAGAGGAUAGAUAGUAAACAGAUAGUUUUAAAGAAUCCUAUUUAGUGUCAAUGCCGAAAAUCUUUUCGAAUCGUGAAUGUAUUACCUAUUAUGUUAUUACGUUAAUUAUUUAUGGCAGAUCACUAAACGGAGAGGCAUACUAUAAUUAAUUUCUUUCAAAAUGUUUUGGUGUUUGUGAAAGGUUACUUGAAACAUCUAUUCGGUAUAAUAAUUAUUUUCAAGUAAGUACAACUUAGUUAUUUCAGUGCACAAGUAAACAAAUUACUGAGACAUUAUCUGGUGUAUUUAAGUUCCACUGUAAACUAUUAAAACUAUGUAAUUCAGUUAAAGCCCUCAGCAAUACUCAGCAUUCAACCCAUUUAAACCUUACUAAAUACAUAAUACUAGUUCAGUUAAAAGAUGUGUUUUUAUGUUAAAAGAUGUGUAAUUCGUUUAAAAUUAUGCAAUAGGUAUUUCAAUACAUUUCAAAAAAAAUAAUUUUAGUAAACAAAUAGUAAAUACAUAAGUGCAACGAGUAUUAUUGUACCCUCGGAGAUCUGUGGAAAAAAUUUACACCCUAAAUAACAAAAUUCAGUUUGGCAACACUGUGCGAAUGUUGAUAGUAACAUAUCCUUUUUAAGAUAAGCACAACUGUAAUUUAGUCCAAACAAAUUAAUAUUUUUUUUUGCCAACAAAAAUGAGAUUUUUAAACCAAAUAAUGUUUCAAAUAUGAUGUGCAAAAUAAUUUUUAAUUGGGUUCUGCUAAUAGGCUUGCUUUUUUGUCAUUAAAGUAAAAAAAACUAAAUUUUACUCAUUAAAUCAAUGUUGUCCGGUUAUCGUCUUAAUUAUUUUAACUGUACUAAUAUCCAUUGAGUAAUUCUGAAUAUCUUAAAAAUAUCGAAUUUCAUUGAUAAAAUGGGCAUAUUCCACCGAUCUUCGCUUCGACAAUACCUACUAUUAGGUUGGAUUAUUUUAAAUACUGUGUAAAUCACAAUCACAAACGAGUUCUUAUUAUCUGUUAUUAUUCCGUAGUGCGUACGAUGUUGCCAGUUUAUUAAAAUUUCCAAACAUUAAAAUACAGGUAUAUGGAAAACAAUGUUAACUUUUUUUUGGAAACGGUUAACUUUAGAAAAAAAUGGUAUAGGACUUUUUGUUCCAAAUUGUGUAUUCUCUCCAUACCUUAAAGGGACGCACUAUUUUCCGGGACACCCUGUAUAGGAUGAUUCAUAAGCAACGGGUGUUAUUUUGCCUGCAGGUUUUUUGACGAAAGAUUUUUAUUUUUAGGAAAUUCAUACUUUAUUUGUGGAUCCCACAAAAGCGUAUGACACGAUUCUGGUGAGAAAGCUGUGACAGUCUCUUGAACGAUCUUCUGUAAAUAGCACGAUCAUCGCCGCAGUCACACAAUUAUGCAAUAAAGCAACAUCAGCGAGUCGUACUACAUCAGGUAGUCGUAGUGAAUGAUGAGGAAGACAUGGACUACAUGUUUAGAAAACUAAAGAAAGAAUAUGAAAAAUGGGGCGUCAAUAUGAAUAUGAAUAUAAAAAUACUAGAUUUGUUGCAAAAGGUAUAUUUUAAAAUACCUUAAAUAAGGGUCACAAGACAAAACGUUUUCGGAUUAAGCAAUUCAUCAUCAGUGUUCUAAAAGCCAAAAAAAUAGCAUGCCUGAGCCACCAAAAUGUUUUGGUUUUUUGGCUUUUAGAACACUGAUGAUGGAUUUCUGAAUCCGAAAACGUUUUUUCUUGCGACCCUGAUUUAGGAUAUUUUAAAAUAUACCUUUUACAACAAAUCUAGUAUUUUUGUGAUUUAUGGUAUACAGCCAGCUAAAGGAAGUUUAUUUUCCUCGUGGAUUUUGAAUAUGAAUAUGUCAAAGACAGAGUAUCUUAAAAUAAGGGAUGAUGAAGAAGAUCCACAUUUAGAAAUUAGAACCGCAAAAACAUGUAAAUAAUAUAAAUAUCUCGGAUCUAUAAUAUCUAAAGAAGGCACUACCAAAAGAGACAUCGAAAACAAAUCGCAGCAGGGCAAAAAAGCGGGAAACAUUCUAAACUUUCUACUAUGGUCUAAAGAUAUAAGACAAAAAACCAAAUUGACAAUCUAUCGUACCUUGGUAGAGCCUAUUAUGGCUUAUGGGGCAGAAAUUUGGCAGAUCACGAAGAAAGAUUAAAAAAGAAUAGAAGUAGUAGAAAUGGAUUAUCUAAGGAGAGCGUGUGCUAUAUCCAAAAAAGAUCACAUCAGGAAUGAAGAUAUUAGAAGAAGGACAAAUACUGUAUAUUCCAAUGUAGACAGAAUUGAAACGAGACUAGUGUGGUAUGGUCACGUGAAACGAAUUAACGAAGAUACAUAACCAAAGAAAGCUUUAAAUUACAUACCACAAAAAAGAAGGAGAAGGCCUUCAGUUGCCUGGGAAGAAAAUGUACGGCACAUCAUGAGAGAUAGAGCAGAGCCAUCAAAGACGAAUGGAUGGACAGAAAAAGAUGGCGGUCGAAAUGCGAGAAGCGGCAGAGGCUGUAGGAACCUCGCUUAUAGAUAGAUAGAAGCAACAUCAAAAGUCAAACUAGGAUUACGACAAGGAUGCUGCCUCUGUCCAAUACUAUUCAAGAUCUAUUUAAAUGAAGCACUAUUCAAGGAUAGGGAUACAACUUGACGACGAUACAACAUUGUAUUGUAUACUCUUAGACAAGGCGGAAACGGCGGGUUCGUUGGGAAAAAUAUUCCCAUGAGAUAUUUUUGCAUAAUCACAUUCGUGAGACAUCCCAGAAUAAGGUUCAAGAAGUCGCCCACGAGAAAAGUGGGCCAAUGUUUUUUUAACAAUUUUUUUUUAAUCAAAUUGCAAAAAUUAAUAUUUUUGGCCCGGACUAUUUUUUUAGGUUUUUUGGACCAUUCUGGACAAAAAAGGUCUCUUAUAAUUUUUCUCUAAAGUUGAUCUUUUUCGAGUUAUAAGCAAGUUAAAAUUUGAAAAACGCGAAAAUGGCUAUUUUUAAGACUUAAUAACUCGGUCAAAAAUUAUUAUUUUGAAAGUCAGAAAGUGACUAAAUCAAAGUUUAAAGUCGCCGCUACAUGAUCCUAAAGAAAUCUGUGUCAUUAAUGUACUACUAAGCUGUCAUUUUUAAUUAAUAACAAUGAGUGGUUAGAUCGUAUUGACGCUGCUGUAAAUGUCAGUGCGAGUAAGAUGCACAAUUGGACUGCUGGAAUGGCUUCUCUCUCGCACUCAGCAUUUACAGCCCCGCACACGUGCAUGGCGCUUAUUAUUAUUACUUAAAAAUAACAGCUUAGUAAUAAAAUAAUGACAAAAAUUUCUUCAGGAUCUUGUAGGGGGGCUUUAAACUUUGAUUUAGUCAUGUAUUGACUUUCAUAAUAAUAACUUUUAACCGAGUUAUUAAGCCUUGAAAAUCGUCAUUUUUCGUUUUUUUCAAUUUUAAUUGCUUAUAAGUCGAAAACGAUCAACUUUAGAGAAAAAUUAUAAGAGACCUUUUUUGUCCAAAAUGAUCCAAAAAAUUAAAGAAAAAAUUGUUCAGGCCAAAAAUAUUUAUUCUUGCAAUUUGAUUAAAAAAAAAUUGUUAAAAAAAAUUGGCCCACUUUUCACAUGGGCGACUUCUUGAACCUUAUUCUGGGAUGUCUCACGAAUGCGAUUAUGCAAAAAAAUCUCAUGGGAAUAUUUUUCCCUUCGAACCCGCCGUUUUCGCCUUGUCUAUCUACAUUUUGCGGACGACCAAGUCGUAGCGGCAGCAGACAAAGAAGAUUUAGAAUUCAUGACGACACGGUUAUUUCAAACAUAUGAAGAGUGGGGCCUUUCUGUAAAUAGAAACAAAACAUAAUACUUAUGCAUCGGGAAUGAAGUAAAAGAUCUAAUGGUCAACGAACAUGAAACAAUCAAUAACUGUGAGGAAUAUAUUAUAUUUGGGAACAACAAUCAACAAGAGUAGGCGCACCGAGAGAGAGAGAUAGAGCAAAGAAUCGUGAAAGGAAAAAGGUUGAUUGGAUGCCUAAACCUGAUGCUAUGGUCAAAAGAACUAUCAAGUCGAAGAAAACAUCUUUAACUCCAUCUUUAAAAGUAUAGUACUCAAUGGAUGCGAAACAUGACAACUUACUAAAUCUUUGGAACGACGCCUACUUGCAUUGGAAAUGGAUUUCUGGAGAAGAUCAGCUAGAAAAUUAAGGCUUGAAAGAAUACAAAAUGACCAAGUCAGAAAUAUAAUUAAGUCAACCAUCAUAGAUAAAAUUCAAAGGAGACAACUGAUCUGGUAUGGUCAUGUAGAAAGGCUUCACUUAUUUUCCCCGAGUUAUGCAUCUAGUUUAUUGUUACUACCUCUAUGUGAAUAACUAAACAUGUAGUUAAAAUAACACCCAUGAUUUAUAAAUUCCUGAAAUAAAUGUUAUUUAUAUUCAUUAUAUAUUGUUACAUAAUUAUAUUCUCUAACAAGUUCAAGUCGAUUUUAAUGGAACAUAUCAUGAAAAAGAAGGAAAUCAAAAUUAUCAUCGUGUCAUUAUAUAUGCUCAAAGUAGAAGUAUAAUUGCCAACAAAAUAUUUAGAUAAACCGUAUCUUCAUCCUAUAACAAAGUCAUUUGUAUUUGAGUAGUAUGUAGUAUCGUUAAAUUUCGAGACUUAAAACAAACUGAAUAGCAGGUAUAAUAGUAAUUAAAGGUACAAUAGAUUAACAAUAGAUUAUUUUCUACCUGCACCGGAAACUUAACCACAUCAUCAAAUACAAAUGACUUUGUAAUAAGCUUAAGAUUAAGGUUUUCUGAAAUAUCUACAUAGCAACUAUAUUAUUUAGUAUUUUUUAUUUAAUCUUAAUAAAAAUUUGAACAAAAUUAUUUUUUAAUGACUUUAAAUUUAAAUUAAUUUUAAUUAAAUUUAUUAUAAAUUUAACUGAUUUAAUGUUUUAUUUUUUAUGGUUGUGCUAUGAACAAAGACUUAUCACCUUAUUUUAUGUAAUUUUUGCUAUUCAAUUAUUGUACAUUUUCAUGUUGUGCAACUACUGUUUUCUGUUACAAAUAAAUAGUAUUUUUAAAUAA